AAGAUAUCCGCGUUAUGUUUCACAAAACCCCCCUUGGCCCACUUACUCUAUGUUACAGAGCGCCUGAGUCUUGCCAAUGUCCCAAUCCUUUAUAACAUUUCAUGCACUUCGGGGGGUAGGCUUGUUGUUAAAUUGAGCGUGUAACGCUCUUACAAAACAGGUUUUCUAUGACAUCAAGGUUUUUUUCUCCCUAACCAAGGGAAGGAAAAAAAAAGGAAGAAAGAAGACCAAGAAGGGGGAAAACACACACUAUCUCAAUUUAUGCCUAAGGUAUAUGAUCAGUUAAAAAGGCUUAAAAGCUCGGGGAAAUUGGAUCAGGGAGAAUCGUCACCCAACUUUCAUUAUUUCCAAGUAGUGUGAUUGAAUUAAAGGGCAGGGAGCUGGUUAGAAGGGAGGAUCAGGGGCUCAGUGCGUAAUGGUGUGGUAUUAAAUUCUAAUUAGAGAUGCAGGAAUCAAUGAUAGGGAGGUUGGACAGCUCAGUUCCCCAGUGCCAGCCCAAUAGACGGAUGAGUUAUUGUCAUGUAAAAAGCGCCAGCAAUAAGACCAACCGCUUUGCUAUUGUCCAAGUGGAAAGAGCCAAGUUUAUUAUGAGGACUAUAUGCUCUAGAGACCUCAGACAAGGCAUCUCAUAGGAGGCUUUUUCAUAAAACUAGGCUCUGCUGGUAGUAAGGAGGCCAGUUUGGAGGCAGGCGUUGAGCUGUGCACAUCUCCCCUCUCCAGCCACCUUCUCCAUACCCAUCUCUUAUUUCAUUUUUCCACUUGGCUGAGCCAUUCAGAGCCUUUUCAAUGUAUAAAAUGGAAUAUUCUUACCUCAAUUCCUCUGCCUACGAGUCCUGUAUGGCUGGGAUGGACACCUCGAGCCUGGCUUCAGCCUAUGCUGACUUCAGUUCCUGCAGCCAGGCCAGUGGCUUCCAGUAUAACCCGAUAAGGACCACUUUUGGGGCCACGUCCGGCUGCCCGUCCCUCACGCCGGGAUCCUGCAGCCUCGGCACCCUCAGGGACCACCAGAGCAGUCCGUACGCCGCAGUUCCUUACAAACUUUUCACCGACCACGGCGGCCUCAACGAGAAGCGCAAGCAGAGGCGCAUCCGCACCACGUUCACAAGCGCGCAGCUCAAAGAGUUGGAGAGGGUCUUCGCCGAGACACACUACCCCGACAUCUAUACCCGCGAAGAGCUGGCCCUGAAAAUCGACCUCACGGAGGCUCGAGUUCAGGUGUGGUUCCAGAACCGCCGCGCCAAGUUCCGCAAGCAGGAGCGCGCUGCAGCGGCCGCAGCAGCCGCGGCCAAGAACGGCUCUUCGGGCAAGAAAUCCGACUCCUCCCGCGACGACGAGAGCAAAGAGGCCAAGAGCACCGACCCGGACAGCACAGGCGGCCCGGGCCCCAACCCUAACCCGACCCCCAGCUGCGGAGCGAGCGGCGGCGGCGGCGGGCCCAGCCCGGCAGGAGCUCCAGGGGCGGCGGGGCCGGGGGGCCCGGGAGGCGAGCCCGGCAAGGGCGGCGCGGCGGCUGCGGCGGCGGCGGCAGCGGCGGCAGCAGCGGCAGCAGCAGCGGCGGCGGCGGGAGGCCUCGCUGCGGCCGGGGGCCCUGGACAAGGCUGGGCUCCCGGCCCCGGCCCCAUCACCUCCAUCCCGGAUUCGCUCGGGGGCCCUUUCGCCAGCGUCCUCUCUUCGCUCCAAAGACCCAACGGUGCCAAAGCCGCCUUAGUGAAGAGCAGUAUGUUCUGA